AUGGAUCCUAACGAGCAGCCCACGAGCAGCAUGCCCGAUGCUCCCGAUAAGGAGAAGAUGGAGCAGAUCCGUCGGCGGCGUCUGGAGAAGCUCGGGUCGUCGAAUGCUCCCCCAGCAAGUCCUGAAAAUGGUGGCCAAGUCUCGCAGUCAGCAGCAUCUGCCAAAUCGCCUGCAGCCAGCUCGUCUGGCGAACCCAAAGACAGCGCACCGGAUGUCAAGCGGACCAAGAUCAACAUAACGGCCGCAUCUUCGAACCAACCGCAAGCAGCGGCAAAUCCCUUCACACAACUGGGUGUUGGGUCGGCACAAGGAUCGUCGCCGGCUUCAGGUACAAAUCUCAAGACGAAGCGUCCCUCCCCAGGCUCAGAAGUUAAUCGACCUUCAGCACCCUCGAUACCGCCCGCCAAGCGACAUGCGCCCGAGUCCCUCGAAGACUGGUCCGACAAGAUUAUAAGCCAGAUAUUCCGAGUCACACUUGACGAGAGUCGACAGACAGAUUUACACGGGCGCAAGCUGACCUUGCUACCCGGGUUGAGUGCCGAGUUGCAAGAGCAGGAUCCCAGUGGACUACUCCGGCUAUCGACCGACAACAUCGAACAAGCCAUCCUUGAAGCCGCGAGCGCCUACCCUCAAGACAAGCCGCUGAUGGAUUACAUGCUGGCAUGUUGGAAGCGGGUGGUACAGGCCAAGAAGAGUCUGCGCUCUCCAACUCCCGAGAAGGAGGCUGUUCUCCAGGAAGCCAAGCGACUGUGCAUGAGUUACGCCAUUUUUGCAGUUACUCUGCCCGAUCUGUUCAGCCGGGAGUCGAAUCCAAAACACGACACGCUUGUGCCAUAUCUACUACGGGAUAUUGAGCACGAAAGCGGGAUCUGCCUGGAGUUCAUACAAGAGGCUGUAGCUCGCUUCCCGGAAGACGAUUCAAUAGUGGAUCUCUUCGUCAGAGCGAUGGUCGACAUCAGUACUCAGCUCUCCACGAUGUCCAUGAAUGAUGACUACAGGCCACAUGUGAAUUCGGCUCCUGGAAUCGAGAGGCACACCCUGCUCGGCCCGUUUUUCCGAAUAUCACCUCUUCAAUCUGAAGUCACUAAGGCAUACUUUGCUGGCCCUCGAACGCUAGAUCGGGGUGCCAUCAAGAACUCGCAGAGCGCCUUACAAGUCACACUGAAUGCACACCAAUUCGAUCUCAAGGACAUCGUCAACGCCUUCGUUCGGGCUAGUCUUGGCUCUCGGCACAAGCUCCUCGACUGGUUUGCCUACAUCAUGAACACUAACCACAAGAGGCGAGCAAUUCAGGUCAACCCUAAGGAGGUGGCCUCAGAUGGCUUCAUGAUGAACGUGACUGUAAUUCUGGACCACCUGUGUGAGCCUUUCAUGGACACGACUUUCUCCAAGGUUGACAGGAUCGAUGUCGGCUACUUCAAGCGGAACCCACGAAUCGACAUCAAGGAGGAGACGAAGCUGAAUGCCGACCAAUCUCAGUCUGACGAAUUCUACUCCGAGAAACUGGACGGUGAAUCGAACUUCAUCUCUGAGAUCUUCUUUCUGACCCUGGCUGCUCACCAUUACGGCAGCGAGGCUGCAAACACCAAGCUCAAGACUCUAGACAAGGAUAUCAAGUACUACGAAAAGAACCUCAAGCUCAUGGAGGCAGAACGCGUCAAGUUCGUGAACUCGCCUACACAGCUUAAUCUAUUUGAUGCCAAUCUGCGUCGCCACACUGAAGUUCUGGAGCGGUCAAUGUCCCUGAAGUUUGCGAUCGAAGGGGUCCUGCUUGACGAGAAGAUGCAGGGUAGGUCCCUCCACUUCAUGAGAUAUGUGGCGGUCUGGUUACUUCGCGUUGCAAGUCAAUCAGACUACAAACCAGACGGGCCACUGAAGUUGCCACUACCAAAGGAGCAGCCAGAGGCCUUCAAAUGCUUACCGGAGUACGCCCUACAAGACGUCGUUGACAAUUUCAAGUUUGUCUUCCGGUACCUCCCUGGAAUUAUUUUGUCCGCUGUUGGCGAUGAGAUGAUCGCUCUUUGCAUUGCGUUCCUCGAGUCAUCCGAAUAUGUCCGAAAUCCAUACCUCAAAUCCACACUGGUCACUCUUCUCUACUCGGGUACUUGGCCGAUGUAUCACUCCAAGAAAGGAGUCCUCGGCGAUACCCUGACGAGCUCAAAGUUUGCCAAUGAUUUCUUGCUUCACGCAGUCAUGAAGUUCUACAUCGAGGCCGAGUCUACCGGGGCGCAUACCCAAUUCUACGACAAAUUCAAUAUUCGCUAUGAGAUCUUCCAGAUCAUCAAGUGCAUUUGGUCCAAUGACUUUUACAGGGACCAGUUAGCACGACAGAGCCGAACGGACCGUCAAUUCUUUGUUCGCUUUGUCAACCUUCUUCUCAACGAUGCAACAUACGUGAUGGAUGAAGCUUUGUCCAAGUUUCCAAAAAUCCAUGAGUUGCAGAAGGAGCUGAGGGAGAACCAAACCUUAUCACAGGAGGAUCGCCAAAAGAAGGAGGAGGAGCUGCAUACAGUUGAGGGCCAAGCGACAUCUUACAUGCAACUUGCGAACGAGACGAUUGCAAUGAUGAAGCUCUUUACCAAUGCCUUGAGCGAGUCCUUCACCAUGCCUGAAAUUGUAGCGCGUCUCGCAGGCAUGCUUGACUACAAUCUCGACACGCUUGUCAGCCCCAAAAGCCAGAAUUUGAAGGUGGACAAUCCGGACAAGUACCACUUCAACGCCAAGACGCUGCUUCCCGAUCUGGUGGACAUCUUCCUGAAUCUUGCGAAUGCGCAAAGCUUUGUCGAAGCCGUUGCGGCUGACGGUCGGUCGUACAAGGCAGCGACCUUUGACAGGGCGUCUGACAUCAUGACCAAGAAGGCUCUCAAGGCGCCUGAGGAACUGGCCGCGUGGACUGACCUGACCAGUCGGAUUGCAAAGGCGAAAGAGGAGUUCGACCAGGCCGAACUUGACUUUGGCGACAUCCCUUCCGAGUUUGAAGAUCCGCUCAUCGGCGACCUGAUGAAGGAUCCAGUCAUUCUGCCGUCCCAGAACGUUGUUGACAGAUCCACUAUCAUCCAGCAUCUUCUCUCGGACGAGAAAGACCCAUUCACUCGGCAGCCGAUGACGAUUGAUGAUGUUGUUCCUGCGGACGAUCUGCGGCAGCAGAUCGAGGCCUGGAAGGCGGAGAGGUUGGCUGCCGCGAAGGCAAAGACUACUGAGGCGAUGGACACUAGCGAAGGCUGA